AUACAUUAUUAUACUAAGCAUCAGCUGAUGUGGAUGUCAGCUGAUUACCAAAACAACACAGAGCAGACGAUAGCAGGAUGGGGGCACUGUUAUCAUGCUGUGGUGGCGGAUCUUCCUCCUCCUCAGACUACAACAAUAUAAAUGAUCCGGCUGAUCCUGAGGCUCGUCGGAAACAGAUGGCAGAAGCAGCCGAAGCACGGAUGAAGGCACAGGAAGGCCGAGGCGUCAAGAACCCAGAGGCACUAAAGCAACGACAGAUACGCAUGGAGGAGCUGGAGCGCAAACAAGAAGCAGCAGGAAGAGACCAGGGAGGUGGACUUAGGUGGCAAGUGAAUUAAUUUGAAGAAGCUUGCUAUCCACUACCUUACUUCAUCUGAGGAUCCUCUGUAUCUGUCAGACACAUCUGAUGAUCCAAUGUAUUUGUCAGAUGUCUUCAGCAGGCAUCAAUCAUCCUACUCAACAAAUGUCACAAGACACCCAUCAUCUUAUUACAUUAUCACAAGACAUUCAUCUUCUGACUAUAAUUACACAAGACUCAUCUUAUAGUCUAUGAUAUCAUAAGAUGGUCAUCAUCAUACUCUAAGGAGAUUGUAAGACAUCCAUCAUUGAAUUCUACAAUAUCACAAGACUCCCCAUCGUCAUAUCAGUACAUACAAACUUCAGAAGUAUUCGACCUGACAACUUUGGAACAUUUAUUAGGUAGAUUACGUCAGUGCAUUGCAUUAAAGUAGCCUGAACAAUUUAAACAGGGUUCUGAAUAUCACAAACUUGGUUUCGAAACUGUUGGAACAGGUCAGAACCUGCAACAAUGGGGUACAAAUGAUUCAUUUUAUUUUAGAGGGACAAAGGUAAGUACUGAUUUGGGAAUAGGAUUUUAUACAAAUGGAAUAGAUCGUCAGCUAGGGUUAUUGUGACAAACAGUUGAACAGGUUUCAAGAAUAGAUUGAAUAGGUAUAAGGACUAGAGAGGGCAGGUUUAAAUGGGGUCUGCUGAGUAUGAGUCAUAGACCUCUUGAUGUGUUCCUUAAUUCUUAUUGGUCUUGUAGCACAGUGGUCUACAUCCUCUGCUCACGAUUGAGGGACCCCUGGUAGGACAAAUGGUUUACCUAGCAGUAAAAUGGGUACCUGGGAGUUAGUCAAAUGUUUUGGGUUGCAUCAUGGAAAAGGUCAGUAGUUCAUCUAGGAGGGACCUGGAUAAGCCUAAGUUCAAGCUGCCUGUCCCUGACAAUGGGAAUUAUCAAGUUUGCCACUAAUGCAGCAAAACAUAAAUUAAAACAUUCUCAAAACAUUUGAGAAAAUAAUUGUGAAACACUUUCUUCAUAUUAAUGUAAUUAUUCACAUUCAUAAAAUCAGGAGGGCUUGAUUUCCAAAAUAAAUAUUUUGUUACAUUUUUUGACUAGAAGAACUUCUUAUAAGGCAUGUGAAGAUCCAAUAUGAAGGAUCUGAAUAGCACUAACAGAGCCAUGUAUGUGGCAGCACCAGUGGAGAACCAUUGAUAAUGAAUGAUAUAUAUGAUUCAUUUUUUAUAUUAAAAAAAUUGAUAUAUAUGAUUCAUUUUUUUUACAAAGUAUUUAGCAAAAUGCAUAACAUGAUUGAUUCGGUUUCUUAUUACUGUACUGUUAAUAAUGAAAAGUUAUGACAGUGCUUUUGACAUGAAUCAAACCUUAAGCUGCUCAUGUAAAGGGUAGUAAUGGUAAUGGAAGUCAUGCAAAGGAUGGUAUUGAUAAUGUAAGAGGUCAUAUGAAGGGUGGUAAUGGAGGUGAGAAUCUCAUUCACUGUUAAUUAAGCUCAGUGCUGGUAUAUAGUUAUGCUAUAAAGCAGCAAACAAUUACACACGACAAUAAUAAUAGUUUAUUUAAAAAAAAAUGUAUACCGUAUCAAAAAGUAGUGUAGCAAGUGCUGAUAGUGGAGAAUAUAAAAAUAUUAACAUAGGUACUGCAUUAAGUACCUGAGAAAGUGCUAAAUAUUAGAUGCCCUUUGUAAGUUACUCAAGGGGGUUGUGGCAUUAUAAGGAACUGUUACAGUACAUUGAACCUUUACAUUCCUUUUAUAUUCUCUGCUUUCCAACUAAGUUCGCUACAUAGGUUGUAAAUUGUUGAUGGAAAUUCUUUACAAUCAUAAUGUGUAUACAAAAAAGUUAAUAAAUGUAAUCUGACAAUCUUGUUUUUUAUGCUGUUGUAUUGUUGAGUGUAAUACUGUAUACAGUACCUGUACUGUAGUGUAUUUUGUGCAUGUAAAGAUGAAUUCCAUGGAAUGCAAAAUUAUUAAUAAUCACAGUAAUGCAACUGAGGAUCUUAAAUUUUGAAUCUGCACAUUUUAGCAAAAGCACUUGUAUAAAAAUUAUAUUUUAGAUUAAUCUGGUUUUUAUUAAUUAUA